AGUCCACUGGCGUUGUUUCUCGUGGAGUGACUGAUUCAUUUUUCAAGUUUCAUUCGAAAAAUUAAUUAAAACUGCAUAAUGUCAGCGAUUAGUUUGUUGAACCCCAAAGCCGAGGUUGCAAGAGCAUCCCAGGCUUUGGCAGUGAAUAUGGCGGGGGCUAAGGGCAUCCAGGAGGUGAUGAAGACCAAUCUUGGACCCAGGGGAACCAUGAAGAUGUUGGUCUCUGGUGCUGGAGACAUAAAGAUCACAAAAGAUGGAAAUGUCCUUCUUCACGAGAUGCAGAUUCAGCACCCAACAGCUUCCCUCAUCGCCCGAGCAUCCACAGCCCAGGACGACAUGACGGGUGACGGUACAACCAGCACAGUCCUCGUCAUCGGAGAACUCCUUAAACAAGCCGACCUAUACAUUUCCGAGGGUCUUCACCCGAGAAUUUUAACUGAAGGCUUCGACCUUGCACGCGUAAAGACUCUAGAAAUUCUGGAGUCCAUGAAAAUCCCGGUGGCAGCCGACAAGGAGAGCCUCUUGGACGUCGCUAAGACAUCAUUGAGGACCAAAGUUCACCAACAUCUCGCUGAUAAACUCGCUGAAGUAUGCGUCGAUGCUGUCUUGGCUAUCAGGAUUGAUGAUCAACCUGUGGAUCUCCACAUGAUCGAGCUCAUGGAGAUGCAGCACAGAACUGCUGGUGAUACCUCUCUGGUCAGGGGUAUUGUUAUGGAUCAUGGAUCCAGGCAUCCAGAUAUGCCUAAAAGAGUUGAAAAUGCGUACAUUCUUACCUGCAAUGUCAGCUUGGAGUACGAGAAAAGUGAGGUAAAUAGCGGCUUCUUCUACAAAACUGCCGAAGAGCGUGAAAAGCUUGUGGCAGCUGAGCGUGAGUUUAUCGACCACCGAGUUCAGAAGAUUAUCGAGUUGAAACGCAAGCUCUGUAACGGAACUGAUAAGACGUUCGUCAUCAUCAACCAGAAAGGAAUCGAUCCCCCAUCCUUGGACGCCCUUGCAAAGGAAGGAAUAAUGGCUCUCCGUCGGGCAAAGCGCAGGAAUAUGGAACGUCUGGCUCUUGCCUGUGGUGGAGUUGCAAUGAACUCAGUUGAUGACCUCCAAGAGGAGCAUUUGGGAUGGGCUGGAUUAGUGUACGAGCACGUUCUCGGGGAGAACAAGUACACCUUCGUCGAGGAGUGCAAGAAACCCAACUCUGUUACUAUUUUACUCAAAGGACCGAACAAGUACACUCUCGUGCAGCUCAAGGACGCAGUCAGAGAUGGUUUGAGAGCAAUUAACAAUGCAAUAAACGAUAAAGCCAUCAUCCCUGGAGCUGGUGCUUUCGAAAUAGCUGCAAGCAUGGCCUUGAGCAAGUACAAGGAACAAGUUAAGGGAAAACUCCGUCUAGGAAUCCAGGCUUACAGUGAGGCUCUCUUGAUCAUUCCGAAGACUCUAGCUGUUAAUAGUGGAUUCGACUCUCAGUUUACCAUUGUUAAGCUUCUGGAAGAGAGCAACACCCUUGGUGAACCAGUGGGACUCGACAUCGCGAGUGGGGAAGCAUUGAAACCUAAAGAUGCAGGCAUUUAUGACAAUUACAUUGUCAAGAAGCAAAUUAUCAAUUCUUGCACCGUCAUUGCCAGCAACCUACUCCUAGUCGAUGAGAUAAUGAGAGCCGGACUUUCGUCUCUGAAGGGCUAAGAAUAUUCCGACAAUAUGAAAAAAUGUAUUUUUAAGAUUACGCAUUUUUCAAUUUGGACACGUAAAUUACCAUGCAUUUUUCUCAACUAUACCGCGCUUCAUAAUUAAUGUCCUUCGCCUUGAUUUUUGAAAUAAUAAAGAAAAGUUGUAAUAAAAGAA